AGUCAUCCACUGGCCGAAGCUCAUUUUCUUUGUUUUUUCUCUCCUCCCUUCUUACGCCUCCUUUCUUUGAUUCUUAUCUCCUCACUGUCGUUCUAAUAUUCAUUGCAAAAUUUCUCCUGAAAAAACUGAGUUGGUGUCAUCGACACGGAUCCGAAGAUCAGGUCUAAUCUUGACCCAUCUCUAGGCGUGAAGAUCUUAGGCACUGGAUUCCUUUCUGGCUCUCUUGUCUUGGAUUUUUUUUCCCGAUAUGUGAUUUACUCUUUAGCAUUUAUGAUUUCCCAUCCGAGAUACGCCUAAUUUUCUCGCACUCUUCUCAAUUUUGUAUUUUUUUUUUUUUUGCAUUUUCUCUUCUCCCACCCCUGUAAAGAAGAGGAAAGGGGGCUUCUCCGUAUGACCUUUCGGUUUUGUAGGUUAUCGUUUUUGAUCUUGUAUUAGAUGAUCAAAAGUUUCUCUUCUUGUUCCUUUUGAGAUAUUGGGAAUCAAAAGCCUGAUUUUUGUGACUCAUUACCGCAACGGAUCGUUCUGGUGACUUAGGAGCGUGAUGGAUCUGACACUGAGCUUAAAGUGAAGACAGAUCGCCGAUGAGAUAUUCGGGUUAAUCGACUUUUUUAACGAUUAAUGCGUAUUGGAGAUUUGUUUGGAAUUUACUAGAUUCCGGGAGAUUGAGUUUUGGGUGUAUGCUUCUUUGGAUUUAUGGUCAUGGAUCACGUUAUUGGCGGAAAAUACAAGCUCGGGCGGAAGAUUGGGAGUGGGUCGUUUGGCGAGCUUUAUUUGGGCGUUAAUGUGCAGAAUGGAGAGGAAGUAGGUGUCAAGCUGGUGAGUGCAGUCUUGAGGCAUCGUCUACAUAUUUUUGCACUUUUUAUGUUUGAUCAUGCUUUUUUCCAUGGUGCUUAGGCGUCUUUGGAAAUUGUAGUUGGUGGUAUUAUUUUCGAGACAUAACGUUCUUUUGGUUAACAGUUAUGAUCUUGCCUUUUGGUUGAUAGAACUCUAGUUGAAGAAAUAUUUGCCAAUAUUGUUCCCGUUUUUUGUGCAAUGUUUUUGGUACCAGUUACUUUUAGAAGAAACGGAGAUAUUUUGGGCCUGAAUAGCUAUUAACAUAAGCCAUGAGCUUAUAAACAAUUGUUCCGACAGGGUCACAAAUUAGGCUUACUCUUAAAUCCUCAAUGCAACUCCUGGAUUUGUGCAUUAAUAGUUGUUUUGGGUGUUAUACUGUUUUGGGGAGCAUUAAACUUUGCAUGGCUUGUUGAUUGUGUGUUCAGACUUCAGACUCCUGAAGCUUUUCUGUAGUUUGUUCCCCACCAGGAACCUGCGAAGACCAAGCAUCCUCAACUUCAUUAUGAGUCAAAACUAUAUAUGCUUCUUCAAGGAGGAACUGGCAUACCCCAUUUAAAAUGGUUUGGAGUUGAGGGCGAUUACAAUGUCAUGGUUAUUGACCUUCUUGGUCCAAGUUUAGAAGACUUGUUUAACUAUUGCAAUAGAAAAUUCUCUCUAAAAACAGUUCUGAUGCUAGCAGAUCAGCUUAUAAAUAGAGUUGAAUACAUGCAUUCCCGAGGUUUUCUUCACCGAGAUAUAAAGCCUGAUAACUUUUUAAUGGGUUUAGGCCGCAAAGCAAACCAGGUGUACAUAAUUGAUUAUGGCCUUGCAAAAAAGUAUCGGGAUCUCCAAACACACAAGCACAUACCAUAUAGGGAAAACAAGAAUCUCACUGGAACUGCUCGGUAUGCAAGUGUUAACACUCACCUUGGAGUUGAACAAAGCAGAAGAGAUGAUCUAGAAUCACUUGGAUAUGUGCUCAUGUACUUCUUGAGAGGAAGUCUCCCAUGGCAAGGCUUGAAAGCUGGCACUAAAAAGCAGAAAUAUGACAAGAUCAGUGAAAAGAAGAUGCUUACUCCAAUAGAGGUCCUUUGCAAGUCAUAUCCUUCAGAGUUUACAUCUUACUUUCAUUACUGCCGAUCAUUGCGGUUUGAUGACAAACCUGAUUAUGCAUACCUAAAGAGACUCUUUCGGGACCUGUUUAUUAGAGAAGGUUAUCAGUUUGAUUAUGUAUUUGAUUGGACUAUACUAAAAUAUCCACAAAUUGGAUCAAGUUCCAGAUCACGGCAGCCAAGUGGGAAACAAGUUAUGAACCAGGGACCAUCUGCAGAGAGGGUAGAAAGGCCUUUAGUUGCACAAGAGACUCGGGAACGACUCCCAGGCUCUGUUGAAGCAUUUGCUAGAAGAAGUGGCUCUGGUCUGCUUAGUGAUCAUUCCAGGCACAGGUCUUCAGACGGUGUGCCCUCAUCCAAAAUAGUGCACCCUGAUUCUGAGAGGGCUCGAAGCUCUUCUCGCACUGGUAGUGCCUCAAAAAGGCCUGUCGUGUCAAGCAGUAGGCCAAGCUCCUCUGGUGAGCCUAGUGAAAGCCGUGCUAGCAGAUUAGUGUCGAGCAGUGGCCGUCUAUCGACCACUCAAAGGAUUCAGCCUGGUUUUGAGUCCAAAUCAUCAUCAUUUACCCGUGCUACAGCAUCAAGAGGUGGCCGUGAUGAUGCAAUAAGGAGCUUUGAGCUUUUGUCAAUUGGCACAGGGAAAAGGAAGUGAAGAUUGUCAGAAGACAACGUACUGUGUCCAAUAUUUUCUCAUGAGAUGUCUACACCUGAUUACUCUGUAAAUUUCCAUCUCAAGCAGGGUUCAUCAAGGCCUAAAAGCUCCAUGAAGUUUUUCGUUAAAGCUUGGACGGGCACCUCUCACACUGUCUCCUUCCAUGAUUAUUGCCUCAUGGAUUCAUCUGUGAAGAGACAUACUGUCUCCCUUGGGAAAUUAUUAAUAUACGAGACUCAGCUAUUUGUACUAAAUACAUUCCCUAGUUUUCUUUUUUGUCCUGUCAAGAAAAGGAAAAAGAAAUUGCAAAGCCUAAUUAACAUGCUUUGCAAGGUUUGUUUCACCCUUUCUCUGCACUACUGAAACCAGACUUUUUUGUUUCAGUGUACAAUGAGGGAAUGGAACUGCUUUUUCAGUCAAUGUAUUUGCAAGAAUUCUUCCACCCUAAAUUCUUCCACCCUUAUUGGUAUCUCAAGUUGUAGCUUCUUCCUCUCCCGAAA